AAGACACCGUACGCGUGACGUCACCGCUGUUCUUGUUUUGGCAGUUUGUUUCGAUAUCCUCGGAUUGUCAGUCCACCAAAGAGGCGUUUCACACGGGCUCAUCCGACACGACGCCGCGGUACCGAACAUUUCUGCUUGUUUGCCGCUCCGCGCUUUGGUUUCGGAGCGGGUGUGUUUGUUUCUGGGGGCGGUGUUACGGUGUCCGACAGAAGUGGGGCUAACUACUUAACCUGCCUGCUAACUGGAGCUAGCGCGGCGAUGCUAAUUCACAUUAGCUCUAGAUGUUAUUGAUUAAGCAGUGACUCUGUGUGGUGUGUGUGGGCCGACUCGAGGAGCUGGUAAUCGUAGUGUCACGAUGGCAGAUGGAGGAAGCGACGACGAUGUCAUUCACCUGGCGAGCUUCAACGUCCACCGCAGCCAAGGUUCUCGUGCCCGGAAGAGGGAGCUCAUCACCAUUUCGGAUGACUCUGAUGAGGAGCCUGUGACUCUGGUGCCCGGCAGCCCAGUGUUAGUCCCAGACGAUGCAGAUGACGACGACAUCAGCAUCCUGGAGCCUCUGACUCCUGCACGCAGACAGGUGAUUCGCCCAGCAGCAAAAUGGAGCGGGGCCUUGCACAACCUGAUUCAAGUUGUAGGUCACAGUAGCGCAACUUCUGGGGCUCCCACAGGGGACCCUGGUUCUGCCCCCUCUACCUCCAGAGAUGCCAAGGCCAGCUCGUCCGCGGUGAGGCCAGCCAUACGAACACCAGUGCAGUCCAGCACUUCCGGACACACACAGCCACACCCUGGCUCUUCAUCACACACACUGUCUCAGCCAAAACUCAACACACACUCACAGCAGCAGGACGGUACGUCAGCACAUACGACAGUGGAGCUCCAUGCAGUUUCUUCUAUCCAAACCCCGUCUACCUCCACGAACGCCAAGGCUAGCGCCGCCACAUCCAGAGCACCUUCACAAGAACAGCCACAGCCCGGCACAUCUGGACUCACGCAGCCGCAUGCUGGCUCUUCAGCACAUGUAACGGUGGAGCCCCAGGCGAGAACCUCGUCCAGCGCCACACACCAUUCGUGUGCGGUCGCAAGUUCCUCGACAAAGACUCAAGAAAAGGCGAGUGUAAGUAUUCAUUCACAGGACAAUCCUCAGGCCAGUACUUCAUCCGCAUCCACACAGUCUUACACAAGGAUGCAGUUUCAACCCGGUACAUCCACCCAGCUCCAGCCGCGCGUGCUUGUUGUUCUUCCCCAGCAGCCGAGCAUCAGAGCCUCCGCUCUGAUAACCCAAUCCCAGCUGCCGCCCGCGUCGCUCCAUCACAUGCAGGGUAAUCUCAUUCAGAUCGAACCGCAGCCGCUGGCUCAGGCGCCGGCCCAGCCUCCAGUCCAGGCCCCUCAGCCCCCUCAGGUGAUCCCGGUGAUCCCGCCUGCAGUGCUAAUAGCUGCAGCCCCAGAAAGACUAGGACCUCCAGAGGCAGGUCACCCCAUCAUCCUGGGGAGCCAGGCGCCUGGUGAGGCUGCGCCACAGGCUGGCGCCCCCAUCGUCGUCCCACCGGCCCGCGGCCUCACCAUCAGGGUGGCUAAUGUGAACUCUAACCCUCCUGCUCCCACGGCCGCGGUCCCCCACAACGAAGGAGAGGCUCGUCUCAUUCUAGCUCCAGCACCGAACCCAGAAAGGGUCAACCCGGCACCCGGCCUGGUCGCGGUGCCUCCUGCACCAGAGGACAUUCCCAGAAUAGAGGACGCGAGGCCGGGACCCUCUGCACCACACGGGAGGGCGGAGCAGCAGCCCCUCGUGAGAACCCUCAUCACUGGUGUUCUGGAUCUGUUCCCAGACAUCCAGGAAGCCUAUGUAGCAGAACUGAUCCAAACCAAUAAUGUGAAAGACUUGAAUGUUAUCUGUAACCUGCUGUUGGAGAACCCAGAGUAUCCGAGGAGGGAGACCGCAGCAGCCACAGCAGCACCCACCAGCAUCCUACUGGAGUCUGGAGAACCACAGACAGAGGUGACGGAGGACCUUUUUGACUACGCCAAACUGGGCACGGUGGGACCGGCAGCUGUGAUGCAGGCCGCCGACUUGCUCAUGGCAGAUUUCAGGAUGCUCAGCUGUCAGGACAUCAAAUGGGCCCUCAACGCUCUGAAGGGACACUAUGCAAUCACACGCAAGGCCUUAUGUGAAGCUUUGAAGAAGUGGCAGGAUUCAGGCGACCCCUCAGGGAAGAGACGGAGGAGCAGAGCGUCCUCUGAGCGCUGCUACAUUGAUUUCCAUUUUGAGCACGGAUCAGUGAAGUUUGACAAGAGGAUGUACUUUUUGGAGAACGACCGCCGUUACUGCCGGACGUACAACAAUCUGGAAGCUUCUCUGCAGAAGGAGCUCUCGUUCUAUCAGCAAAAGGCCAAGGAGUGGGCAGAGCACGAGGACUUCCUGUUGGCUCUGCAGGUCAACGAGGACGAAUACAAGAAGGACGGUCAGCUGAUCGAGUGCGGCUGCUGCUACGGAGAGUUCGCGUUUGAGAAGAUGACGCAGUGUUCGGACGGCCACCUGUUCUGCAAAGAGUGCCUCGUCAAAUACGCUCAGGAGGCAGUGUUCGGCUCCGGAAAGUCGGAGCUGAGCUGCAUGGAGGGGGGCUGCCCGUGCUCCUACCCGGUGUGCGAGCUGGAGAAAGUCCUACCAGAGAACAUACUGUGUAAAUAUUAUGAGAGGCAGGCGGAGGAGGCCGUCGCCGCCACCUGUGCUGAUGAACUAGUGCGGUGUCCGUUUUGCAACUUCCCAGCCUUGUUGGACAAAGACAUGUCUCUGUUCAGCUGUCCCAACCCUCGCUGCCGCAAGGAGAGCUGCAGGAAGUGUCACGUCCAGUGGAAGCAGCACGUGGGGAAGACGUGCGAGCAGGUCCUGGAGAGGGACGAGAUCCGCAUGAGGGUGCUCUUCGAGGAGCGCAUGACGGCAGCGCGGGUGAGGAAGUGUGUCAAGUGCGGGACGGGCCUGGUCAAGUCCGAAGGCUGCAACCGGAUGUCGUGUCGCUGCGGCAGCUUCAUGUGCUACCUCUGCAGAGAGCCCAUCACCGGAUACAACCACUUCUGCCAGCACGCCCGCUCGCCGGGCGCUCCCUGCCGACACUGCCGCAAGUGUUCACUGUGGACCGACCCCACGCAAGACGACGAGCGAAUCAUCCAGGAGAUCCAGAAAGAAGGCGAGGCAGAGCUGAAUAAGAAGUCUGCAGAUAAUUCAGGGAAGAGGGUCGGCCCUCCUCCGGAGCCCAUCACCGAAGUCAAACGACCACGCGUGGGUCCGCCCCCCGAGAACCCGCCCAACCCGAACCCCCUGGUGGCGCCUCCUCCUCCUCAUCCUCAUCCUCUCCCUCAGGCGGUACAAGCUCCCCUCUUUGUGCCUCCACGCGCCCGCUUUGCGCCGGCUCUUCCGCAGGGCCGGAUGUACCACCAGGUGAUCAUGCCCCGGCUGCCUCCGGCCCCUUACGUACCCCCUUUACAGCACCUGCCCCCUCUGAACAACAAUAACAACAACAACAACAACCACCACCACCACCCUCACCACCACCACCACCACAACCCUCCCAUCAACCCUCAUCACCACAACAUGGACGUCAUGGACAUGCCCAUGCACUACGGACCACAGCACCGUUACUACAGACGCUUCUAACACACCCUGUGACAAAGUGUGUCGAUCCACGCUCGCUCACCGCAGCUGUGCUUCUCAUCUCAGAGCUGUUUUUAAAAUCUGAUCACAGUUUUUUACUCCGUCUGGUAUCGAAUCUAAGUUUAUGUCCUGCGACUCGACGCAUUCUUUUUGUGUCUCGGGCGAGAAAAACACCCCGAAAUGAGAAGUACGACUGCGAAGAAAAGACACUUUGCCUUCUGCCGCUGAACUUGAUAAUAAAGUGGAUUCUCACGUUACGUUGCUCCUUUUUUUUUUCUCCUCUCUCUGUUUUAAAUGUUGAGGGUGAACGGCAUAGAUGAGACGAUUUAUUUCCGGGUUUAUACAGAUAUUUUUGAGUACAUAAUUGAUAAAAGAAGAAAAAACAAUUAGCAUUCCCUUCUGUAUCUUUUGUGUAACGUGUGAGACGCACAGUUUUCUAAUAAAGUUUUCAGUUCACGUUU